UCACACUACCCUGUCUUUUUCCCCUUCUUCCAUUCUAAUUCUAACCUAUCCAGUUUAAGCUCCAUCAUCCUCUGCUUCUCCCACCGCCACUGCCAUAACUAACUCUGAACUCAAAUCACUUCUCAAGCUGCAACAACCUUUAACUUCUACUUCUAUCACACACCCAAAAAUUAGGGUUUCAUUCUUUUCUAAUUUUCCCAAUUCCUCAUCUCUGAAAACCCACACCCACUCUAAAACCCUCUCAUUUCAACCAUGAAUUCAUCUUCUUUAGGUUCCUUCAUUCUCACACCACCACCACCAUGCAAACUCCACAACCCCCGUUUUCAAACCAAACCUCAUCUCAAUUUCCACCAUCCCCUGAAACCAAAAUUCAAUCUUUCCACUUCUCUUAGAGCCACCGAACCAGUUUCAAUCCCUGAAGAAGGCACGUCUUAUGUCGCCGUUGAAGACUUCAUCGACAAGGAUUGGUCGGUUCUUGACUAUAUUGGACCAAACACUGACCGCAUUAUAUCAUCUGGUAAAAUUGAUGAGAAUUCGAGGGUUUUGGUUUCAACUGGUUCUGAGGAGUUUGUUGAUAGUUUGGUUGGUUGUUCUAAAUUCAAGUCUUUGGUUGUUGCUCAUGACUCGCUUUUGAUAUUGGCUCUUCUUGUUGAGAAAUAUGAUAAUGUUACGUGUUGGCAAGGAGAGGUUACUAUUGUUCCUGACCAAUGGGCUCCUUUUGAUGCUGUGUUUCUUUAUUUUUUGCCUGCUUUGCCAUUCAAAUUUGAGGAUAUUCUUGGCUCUUUGGCUCCAAAGUGUUCGCCUGGUGGAAGGGUGAUUAUCAGUCAUCCUCAAGGGAGAGAAAUACUGAAACAGCAACGACAACAGUACCCGGAAGUAGUAGUUUCUGAUCUUCCUGACAAAGCACAUUUACAAAGUGUUGCAGCUGCUUAUUCCUUUGAUGUGGCUGAAUUUGUGGAUGAACCUGACUUUUACUUGGCUGUUUUGAUCUGCUCUAGGACUUAAAAUCCAUUUGUAUGGCCCUCUGGAAGUUAUUUUUCCUAAAAUCUAAAAUUUUGAGACUACUUUUUUAUGUGACAUUUUGCCUUUCAACUUGGAUGAUGCCACAAGCUUCAUGCCAGUAUUUUGGUUUUGGAAUGUAUUGCAUAUUGCAAAUUAUGCUUUUCUUUUUCCAGAGGAUCUAAUCAACAAAAGCAACUAUUAGAGUGGAUCACCAACUUUGUCUAAACAAAAUCUGGUAGUAAAUACAUUAGUUCUUAAA